AUGGCACACGGAUCACGACCCCGCGGCCAUGUUGACACCAAGUCGACCCCCCCAGACCAUGAAGACCCACAGCGUCGCCCUGACCUCCCUCGGGACGCCUUAACAGCCCUGGGUCCUGCCGGCGCCCUGGUGUGUCAUGUGAUCGCCCUGCCGGCCGGGGCGUCGGCCCGGCGGUCGGCAUUUCUUCGAGCCGUCCCGCUGUGA